AUGGCAAGUGUGCAGCUUGGACCACCCAGAGAAGCCCAACAAGUACGGCAAAUACUGGUGCUGGUGCUUCUGGUCCCUCGACCUGGAGGUGCUGGACCUGAUUGGUUCCAAAGGGAUUGCAGUCCGAGCCUGGGACGAGACACUCAACACUCAACCCGAGAAGCUCAUNGGUGCUUCUGGUCCCUCGACCUGGAGGUGCUGGACCUGAUUGGUUCCAAAGGGAUUGCAGUCCGAGCCUGGGACGAGACACUCAACACUCAACCCGAGAAGCUCAUUUGGAACCUCAUGGGUAUGAUGAACAAUUGCUGGUUCAAGGUGAAGACCAAUGUGUGCAAACCACACAAAGGAGAGAUUGGAAUCGUCUUUGAGCACCCAACUUUGCCGGGAAAUAUCUCCGGCGGAUGGAUGGCUCGGGAGAGACACCUAGAAAACUCCUCCGAAGCAAACUCUACGCUAAAGAAGAGCGUCUCAUCACCAUUCAUGAACACUUCUUCAAAGAUGUACUCAAUGUCCGAGGUGAAGAAGCACAACUCGCCGGACUCUGCAUGGAUCGUCGUCCACGGUCACGUCUACGACUGCACAAGGUUCCUCAACGACCACCCUGGUGGUGCCGACAGUAUCCUCAUCAACGCCGGCACAGAGUGCACCGAAGAGUUCGACGCCAUUCACUCCGAUAACGCAAAGAAGCUCCUUGAGGAGUACAGAAUCGGAGAGUUGAUAACCACCGGUUAUACUUCCGAUUCGACCGCCUCGUCUCCGAACAAUUCCGUCCAUGGCGGAUCAAACAUGACCCACUUAGCUCCGAUCACUGAAGUUGCACCGGCGAGUAGCGUUGCUCUCGUUCCACGUGAGAAAAUCCCAUGCAAGCUCGUGUCAAAAACUUCAAUCUCUCAUGACGUGAAACUUUUCCGAUUUGCAUUGCCGUCGGAAGAUCAACUUCUGGGAUUACCGGUUGGGAAACAUAUAUUCUUGUGCGCUACAAUCGAUAAUAAGCUCUGUAUGAGAGCCUACACGCCAACAAGUUCAGUAGAUGAACUAGGUCAUUUUGAUCUGGUGGUAAAAAUAUACUUCAAGGGUGUGAACCCUAAAUUUCCAGAUGGUGGGCUCAUGUCACAGUACUUAGACUCUCUCUCUCUAGGUUCUGUCCUGGAAGUGAAGGGUCCAUUAGGGCACAUUGAAUACGCAGGAAAGGGCAAAUUCACAGUCCAUGGAAAACCUAAGUUUGCUAAGAAGCUGGCCAUGGUGGCUGGUGGGACUGGUAUAACACCCAUUUAUCAGGUGAUUCAAGCUGUUUUGAAGGACCCGGAGGACGACACAGAGAUGUUUUUAGUUUAUGCAAAUCGUACGGAAGAUGAUAUACUGCUUAGAGAUGAACUUGAUGCUUGGGCUGAGAAAUAUCAUGAUAGAUUGAAGGUGUGGUAUGUGGUCUCAAAGUCGACAAAGGAAGGGUGGAAAUAUAGUGUAGGGCGUAUCUCUGAGAGCAUUUUGAGGAAGAACAUUCCAGAUGCAUCGAAAGACUGUUUGGCAUUGGCGUGUGGACCACCACCAAUGAUUCAGUUUGCUUUGAAUCCGAACUUGGAGAAGAUGGGGUAUGAUCUAAAGGAUUCUUUGUUGGUGUUUUGA